CGAUGGCACAUCGAUCGACGAGCAUCUCGCCACGUACUGUACACCGGGGCACCCAUGGGCACGAGUCCUUCCUGCGGCAGCUCAGCUACCACCUACCUCCAUGAAUGUGGCGAUGUCCAUUGCCCUAGAGAACCCGCGACAAGAAAUGCACGGGCUUCUUCUCGUCGUCGCCCGAUUCCUUGAAGAUGCAGGACCGUGGCUGACUCUGCGGCUACUCGCCUGCAUGCGUAUACCGCUUCGCGUGUCUGCAGGCGUUGAAGUCGCUGGCUCUCAACGGACGCGCCAAAAUUAGCAAAAUUAGCCUCGGGACUCAGCUCAAUAAGAAGCUUAUUGUCCCUUGCUACGCAACAGCCAAAUGCGCUCGAACGUCGUACCAUGGCUGCGACAGCACUGCUCGGUGAACGUAUUUCGCCUGCGCGCGGCUCUACUCGGCGUCGGUCUUCUCUCGGUGCUGGCGGCAAGUGCGCCCAAGUUGAUGGUGCAGGGCUCGCCCCCGACGCCGUGGACACCGCAGCUGCAGACCUUCGUUGACCGAUGCGCGCCCAUGUGCGAGGCAAGCCGGACAUCGCUGUGCGCAGCCGCCUACAGCGACGCCGAGGCGUGCCAGGCGUACUGCAACAGCACGCGUCUGGGCUACUACACGCGCCUCUGGCCCCAGCUGCCGGUCGCCUGCGACCGUAACUGCCUCGCCUUCCGCCAACCUCUCUGCGGCCAGCGCGAAUCAUGCAUUGGCGCGUGCUCGAGGACCGUCUACUCGGCCGUGCCACCGGUUCUGCGAUCGAACGAUGUUGUGAUCGAGGUUCCAAGCCCUGGAGGUUCGUUCUGGUCAACACUGGUUGUCGUCCUCCUGGCGACGACGGAUCUCAUGGCCUCGCUCGUGCUCUGGGGCCCACAGCUACGCGCCUCUGAAGCUGACAUUUAUGACAACAAGUACAACUUGUCUUCUAAACUGUGGGCGCUUCUCGAAUCCCCGACCAACCUCCCGACGCUCUGCAAGAUCUGCUACGAGAUCAAAGUGCUUUGCUUUGACGACGCAGACGGCAACGGCUUGGCGAUUACGGUGCUUCUCCAGCUCCUCACGCUACUUCAAACCCACGCACCCGUCUGGGUCACUCGGUGGCGGCAGCGCGCCCAAGUGCAGGAGCCGCCGCAAGCGUCGAGCCCCGACUCGCCACAGCCCAUCUAAAUAAAAAGAUAGAUUCGUAGAAGUGGACAAUAAUUUCAUAGUCUUUUACGUGGUUAGGUUACAGG